AUGGUUCUAGCUCUCUAUGUCAUGAAGAAGUGGAACAUUCAAAUCAAUGCACCUGAAGGUUGGCUGGUGCAAUCUUGGUUGGAUGUUUCAGAAUUGGACAAUGAAUUGCUGUACAAAGGUUCAGACUACACAAUUAAGGGUGACAAUACGAAAGAUGGGGUUUCAUUAACUUUAGGUAUGAUUAGUGUUUUGAGUUGGGGUGUUGCUGAGAUACCUCAAAUCAUCACUAACUAUAAGGAGAAAUCUACUGAAGGACUUUCCCUUGCUUUCUUGUUGACAUGGAUUGUUGGGGAUCUUUUCAAUGUUUCUGGCUGCAUGUUGGAACCAGCUACUCUUCCAACCCAAUACUACAUGGCAGUGUUGUAUACAAUGACUAGCACAGUUCUUACAGCACAAACUAUUUACUAUGGUCACAUCUAUCAUCGACUGAAAAGCAAUAGACGACGCCUCAAGGGCCCAAUCUCUAGUCAGACUGAAGAGGCUGGAAGAAUUAGAAAUGGAAAUAGUGAUGCUGGUGCACAAGUCAACAGUGCUGAUAAACAGAGAAAUGGGUCUGCUGCUUCUGAUGGAACAAAUGGAUUGAGUUCUCCGAUUCCUUUUCCAACCCUUUCUCAAAAAAGUUCCCCUGAACGAGAGCUAUACUACGUGUCAGCAAGAUCUCUUUCAAGCAGCCAUACUCCCACAGCAGGAUCCUUUUUAACACGAAGAAUGACUCCUCCAUCAUUUUCAGUGAAGAAUUCAAUUGAAGAGCCAUUGCUUGGUGGAAAUGUAGCCACACAAUCGGCACCGAGUUUGAACACCAAAACCAUGCUAUGUGUGGUAUCUACAGUCACAUUCCUUGGAACACUUAAUCUUUACCAUUCAGAAAACAAGAGGCUUGAUGGGGUCUUUGAAAAUAAACAUCAAGAAUUUGUAAUUCAAGUAGGACGAAAGAUUUUGCAGGUAAGCAGCAGAAUGUCACAAGAAAAUGAUGUUGAUGAAAGUGGAAUUGGAACGUUCCUUGGUUGGUCGAUGGCAGCUAUUUACAUGGGUGGACGGCUUCCUCAAAUUUGCCUUAAUAUCAAGAGGGGAAAGGUUGAGGUAAAGCAUAUUGACCUUUCUAGCUUUAUCGUUCUUUCUUAA